UCUAUAUCUAUAUACAUAAAUUGUUUUGUCAUGUUUAAGUUUCAGUUCAGUUUUCAAUUUUAAAUGUUUAUUUCGUUCACAUGAACUUAUGAAAAUUAAAAUUAAAUUCUUUUCGUGAAUCAAGUUUUCCCAGAGCAUGUUACAAUUGAUAGGAUAAAGGAAAUAGUUUUGCUAAACUGAACAACACGCAAUUUACAACGAUGUCUUUAUCGCCGACUGAUUUUCCAUCUGCUGCCAGUCCUAUGACGAAUUGUUCAUUGACUUCAAAUGCCCCAAAAUACGGCACCUUGGUCCCCAACCGAGUUUUCGUGGGGGGUAUAGCGAGCAACACUUCUGAGGAGGAAUUAGCCAGAUUAUUUUCAAGUUAUGGAAAUGUUAAGUCCACUAAAAUAAUAUCUGAUAGAGCAGGUGUUUCUAAGGGUUACGGAUUUGUCACUUUCGAGCAAGAGAAUGAGGCCAAAAAAGUCUUGAAAGAGGGUGAAAGUAUAUUCCUGAAAGAUCGAAAAUUAAAUGUUGCCCCAGCAAUUAAGAAGCAGCCAUUUAAUCGUUCGUUUGAGGAACCUGUACCUGCUGUAAAUGCUACAUCAGGAACUUUAUAUUACAACUCUGGUAUGGUGCCAGCUGGAUAUAAUUUCCAAGGUGGUGUUUUAUAUUACAAUACAACUAUGAAUACUCCUGAGCCACCGAUGUAUCCAUCGAUCACCCCAUAUAAUCCAUCAAUUCCUGCAUCACCGUAUCAAAUGUUAUAUCAAUGCGCACCUCCUGUCUAUGUGCAUCCGAAUUAUAUUCAGCAACCUUACCAGCCAUUGCAAGUAGGAGUCAAUAAUGUAUAUUACAAGUGAUUGUGAUCUGGUGUGAGUAUUAAUUUUCAUAAUACAUAUUCUUUGAAAACAUUACAAUUAAUUUAAAUUCAUGAAUUAAAUGCAUUUAACAUGCACUGGUACUACAUAAACCACAUGAAAAGGACUACAUACCAAUUACUUUGAUAUUUAUUCUUUAUAGCUUUGAAAAUGUAAAAAUAAGCAGUUUGCAUAAAUGAUUGAUGAUUUUGUGAUACGUAAUAAUUGAGAACAAUCUGUUUUUUCUUUACAUAUUCACACUAAUUAAGCAUGUCCGGUUUUUCCAUUGUUCAAUUUAAAAUUUAUUUAAGCAAUGAAAAUUGUAGGUUGUGAAUAUGUUAGAUAGGAUGACUAGUAUUUCUAUUUUCAAAUGUGGUAUGGCAUUUAUUUUAAAGGAGUUUGACUGAUGUUUUAUAAUUUUUGUUUCUAAAUUCUGACGAGCAAGUUGAAUUGUAAAUCACUCGUUGAACAGACUUCAUAAAAUAGAGAAUGUUUAAUAAAAUUUAUUUGAUCAAAAAUUUACUUCUAUUGUGCUUGAAAAUAGAAAUAAUCAAAUAUAAAUUAUUGUAUAGUAUUUAUUGAUUCUUCAUAAUAUUUGCUGGACAAUGA